CACACGAGUGGAACUCAAAUUCGGAAUGUCAAAUAGUCUUGCUGCUUUUUCGCUGUCUGCGUAUUUUUUCCAGUAAUUAAUUAGUAAAAAAGUACUUGUAAACAAUAAGAAAAACAGUUUUUAUUAAAUCUAGGCAAUAAGAUAAACAUUUCGUAUACGAUCUGAGUUAUAUGUGAAGAGGAAAAUUGAAAACGUCGCUACUUUUAGCUAAAAAACAUGCUCCGACGCGAGCAACGCCUUCGGUGAACAGCAGCGGAGGAGCAGCGCCCAAGCCCCACUGUUAACCCAACCCAAAAGAAAAAAAUUCUUGAAACUUCGUCGGGGUAUUAAAAUGCUGUGUAUUGAUGCAAAUUAAUAUAAACGAAAAGAAAAAACAAUAAGAGUGUAUGAAAGAGAUUUUUCCAAGUAUAAAGUGAAACAGCAGCAAACAAAUAAUUCAAUUUAGCACUUAUCGAAUUUAUAAAAACACAUACACACACAACAACAAAAUGGACGCAGAUAAGAAUAGUCAUGAAACAAAAGUCAUCUAUCAUAUUGAUGACGAGACUACCCCUUAUUUGGUGAAAAUUCCCAUACCCUCGGCGCAGGUUACACUAAAGGACUUCAAAAUGGUGCUCAAUAAACAAAAUAACAACUACAAAUAUUUCUUUAAAUCCAUGGAUGCGGAUUUUGGUGUUGUAAAAGAGGAAAUUGCUGACGAUUCCACUAUAUUGCCUUGUUUUAAUGGGCGAGUGGUUUCAUGGCUGGUUUCAGCUGACGGUACAAAUCAGUCUGAUAACUGCUCGGAGUUGCCAGUCAGUGAAUGUGAGGUGCGUCCAAAUAUGCGUGGUGCUCAACAACAUAAAAUUGGUGGCGGUGGUGGAGUUGUUGGUGGUAUGAUGGGAGUAGGCAUGUCUUCAAUGGGAGUUGGUGGUGGCGGUGGUGGAGGCAUGGGUGUAGGUAUAGCGAAUACUGGCGUUAUAACAAAUCCGAUGAUGCAACAUACUCUUACAUAUCAAUCUGCUUCAGUGCUCUCAAGUGAUUUGGAUUCGACCAGCCUGUUUGGCACUGAAUCUGAAAUAACACUUGAUCGCGACAUGACCGACUAUAGUAGCGUUCAACGGUUGCAGGUGCGUAAAAAACCACAAAGACGUAAAAAACGUGCUCCAAGUAUGUCACGCACAUCGAGUUAUUCAUCGAUAACUGACUCGACAAUGUCGUUGAAUAUCAUAACCGUUUCCAUUAAUAUGGAGGCGGUUAACUUCCUGGGUAUUUCGAUUGUUGGCCAAUCGAAUCGUGGCGGCGAUGGUGGAAUUUAUGUGGGCAGCAUAAUGAAAGGUGGCGCUGUUGCGUUAGAUGGUCGCAUUGAACCGGGCGAUAUGAUACUUCAAGUAAACGAAGUAAACUUCGAAAACAUGACCAACGAUGAGGCUGUGCGCGUUUUACGUGAGGUUGUUCAGAAGCCUGGUCCCAUCAAAUUGGUUGUAGCUAAAUGCUGGGAUCCAAAUCCAAAAGGCUACUUUACCAUACCCCGAACUGAGCCGGUUCGUCCUAUCGAUCCGGGCGCAUGGGUGGCACACACUCAGGCAUUGACUGCACACGAUAGUAUUAUUCCCGAUAUACCGGAACCGAUUAAAGAGCGAUUGGAUCAAAAUAAUUUGGAAGAGAUUGUAAAAGCCAUGACAAAACCUGAUAGCGGUUUGGAGAUUAGAGAUCGAAUGUGGCUGAAAAUAACCAUACCGAAGGCAUUUAUUGGUGCCGAUGCCGUUAAUUGGGUAUUGGAAAAUGUUGAAGAUGUGCAAGAUCGCCGCGAAGCACGUCGAAUUGUAUCGGCAAUGCUGCGUAACAACUACAUUAAACAUACCGUUAACAAGUUGACAUUCUCCGAGCAAUGUUAUUAUGUGGUCAAUGAAGAUCGUAAUACACACUGUCGUUCAAAUAUCAGUCAUGCCGAUACGGAAAGUAUUACAAGCGACAUUGGACCACUGCCGAAUCCUCCAAUCUAUAUGCCAUACUCAGCCACCUAUAAUCCCAGUCACGGUUAUCAGCCCAUACAAUAUGGCUUGACAGAGCGACACAUCUCAUCCGGUUCGAGUAGUUCAGAUGUGUUGACGAGCAAGGAUAUAUCAGCAUCGCAAAGCGACAUCACAUCGGUUAUACACCAGACCAACCAAAUGACCAUAGCACAUGGCUCAAAUAAAUCUUCCGGUUCGUCGAAUCGUGGCACCAACGAACAGGAUGCGUCGGUUUUUAAUUACGUACUGUAGAAAUUGCAAUGAAAUUGUGUUUAUUCUUUUUAUAUACAAGUACAUACACACAUAAUUAUACAUAAA